UCCCCUUCCAACCUGCGCAGACGACGCACGCGCCUCGCUCCGCCAACCGACCAAUCACGUGAAUUCCAAAAACAAAAAACUACGUGAAUUCAAAGAUCAAAUUUGGAAGUGUGUGUGAUUUAUAACAUAAGUGUGAGUGUGUGUAUGGAAACAUUUGGAUUGUUUUGAAGGAUACCUAGAUUUUUAUUCUCUGGAGACAUUAGAAAAAGAUACCAGACUGAUUAAGGCGACCAUGAUCGCGUAAAUCCGGCAACUUCGGCAAGAUUCUGAAGAUUUACUCCAUCCACGCAUGAGGUGACGUUAUGGAGCCGUCCUCGUCAGAUUACAGCGACGAGGAGGUGGGCGUGCUCGCGCGCGGACAGAAGCUGUGGGUGCGCGGCGUCCGUCCGCACACAACCUGCGCAGACAUCGUGCGCGCGCUGCAAGACGCGCCAGAAGCGGGCGGGCUAAGCGAGCACCCAGAAUGGAUCCUAGCGGAGCGAUGGCGUGGCGUGGAACGUCCUUUACCUCCUGACGCUCCUGUGCUCCUGGUAUUAGCAGCUUGGGGAGACGCACGGCACGAGGUCCGCCUAUCCCUCCGCCGCGCCUCCAGCGGCGAAGAGGACUCCGGCCGCGACAGCGACGGCAGCCGCAGCGGGCGGCGGCGGCGGCGCGGUCGGACUACACCGCCGCCUCGCGCCAAGAGCGAAGAUCCUGCUGCGAGGCUGGUGACAGUGAUACAGCAUCAGAGCAGGACUAUUCAUCAGCAGCUGGACAAACUUCGGGAACAAGAAAAGCUCAUCGACCAACUAGAAGACCAGACGCAUAAAAGCCGUAUGGAGAAGCACGGGACCAACUACCUUUUAGAAUCCUACCUUCGGGACCUAGGCCGCAACACCGAAGUCAACGACAGCCAGGCAGCGAAUAGCGACAGCGGUGUCGGCGUCGGCAGCGGUACACCACCCAGAAGACACACCAAACAUAAGUCCAGAAGAGAAAGACACCUCAUGCGAGAACACUACUUCACUAAAGAGCUCACGAACAUCUGCCAAGUUAACUCCGAAAGACUCACACAAACACACAACACAGACACAGACUCAGACGCCUCAGCAGAUGACCUCACAAAAAUAAGGGAAGAAAUCGAACUCCUUGAAAAACUUGCAAUCAUAAACAAAAGACUACACCGGGAAGAGGAACUCGUAGUCAGACUAACAGCGAAAGUCAAACGAUAUACAGACGAAAAUAAAGCGAAUAGUUGUGAAAAUGUUUCUCAAGUCACGAUGCUGAUCGACAAAAUAGAGGAAGAUUUAGCACGAACGGCGAAAGAGAUGCAAGAUAAUACCUUAGAGCUAACUAAAGCAGAGAGAGAAGUAGAGAUGAGAUUGAAACUGCUCGAUGAAUUGACGUUAGAGUUAGAGGAAGAAGAGUUACAGAACACGAUAUUGGAAAGACAGUUGAAUGAAGCGUCGAGUCGACAACCCAUCCUGUUGCAAGAUAGCUACGUACCUGUCUUAGACCAAGGCACGGCUAUCGAUUACGGGGGCCCUAGUUAUGCGUUAGACACGCUCGUAUGACAUUAGAUUUAAUUAUAAAUCUGUCCCAAAGAUGUUUGAAAUUACCAGCAAUCUCCUCGGAAAUUUUGGGGACUAAAUAAUGUGAGUGUUGAAUUGGGCACAAAAACCGACAAAGGAUCUCAGUUUUUAAUCAAAUUUUAGUACCCAAUUCAUAUUAAAAAAAAUAGGCAUUCUGCUUUGAUUCACAUUCAAAGAAAAUUGUAGAGUAUUUAUAUUGCCUAACGGUAAUAGAACAAAACAUAAAAUUAAUAUUGAGCGAUUUGUGUACCUUUACUUUAGGCUCACAAGAGGUCAAUAUUACAGUGAUAAGACUAAUUAGUAAUGUAAAAAUCCAAAAGAGAUUAUAAAGUUAUGAUUAACGUCAUCAAGGCAUACUUAACUGUCAAAUCAAAUCCAAUAGAUGUCUCUGUCUCCACGCUCUCUUUUGAUUGGGUUAAAUUCGAGAGCUCUAAUUGGCUAAAAUAUUUGAACGCAAAUUUUUGGAUAAAAUGAUUUUGUACUUUUAAAACCAAUAGUUAUAUGAAUAACAUAGUAUAAGACAAUAACUGUGGUGCUUAAGCUGUUUAAAACCUAAGAAUGUUAUUUUACUGCGUAAGAACCUAAACGUAGUUAAGACAAAAGAAAUCGAUAUAAAUCAUUGCAAUUUCGACCUUCUGUAGAUGAAGUAAGGUUCUAAUAUUGCAUAGAUUGAAUCCCUUUCUCUUAGCUACGUUCCAAUAAAUUACGCUGCAUACAUUUUUAAUAUUCGAGUCCAAUACCAAAAAUAUAUGACAAAAACCACCAACUGUAUGUAAGUACGUAAGUUAGGGUAUUCAUCCACUAAGUGAUGUCACACGAUAUCUAAAUAUAAAGUUAAAAUGUGACAUUGUUAGCGAAUGGGCACCAUUAGGCCUAGUCAAAAUGACACCUUUUACUUUGAUUUCAAAUAUGGGACAUACAUAUUAAUAGUUCCUCGUGUACAUGUACAGUGUGCGCAGAUGUUAUGAGUAAAUAAUUCACCAAAGGAUUGGUACAGUCGGCAUCAAAAGUAGCGGAUCAAACAAGGUCUCAAAAUAUCUCCCAUUCUGUAAUAACUUAACAAACAGUGAUGGUUUUAUAUUUAGAACAAUCAAGACUGUAAAAGAUAUACUCUUGAAUGAAAAUUUUAGAGAAUUAUCUAUAUUUGGAAAAGUUAUCCGGGAUGUCAGAUACUUUUGGCGCGUUGUUUCAUCCGCUACUAUUGAUGCUGACUGUACUAUGUUUGUUCUAUAUUUGUAAAAUUGCAGAAAAGGUUUGAUUGGGUUUGUAAAAAAAUACUCGACUUAAGAUAUUUCUGUAAACAUUAACACUAAUAGGGAUUAUUACGCAAAACUCUGCGUAGGAAGCGCUACUAGCAAAAUUUGAGGGCCUAAAGAGCGUAACAUCGACUGGAGGGAAGCGGUUUUACUAGUGUUAUAAUCAAAUUACCGGAUAGUAUUUUUACAAACCCAUAAAUUGAUAUACAUUCUACAAUAACUUCCACUAAUGACCUGAUUAUGUAGGUUCGGCUAGACAAGUAUGUUAAUACAUUAUUUUUAUAUUUACUGUUAAAAUGUUUAUACCUUGUGUACAGAAAAAUAUACAACGAAUAUAGUGAUAA